GCGACGCCGGGGCGAGGAGACGCCGAGGCCCCGGGCGCUCGAGUCCUGCGAUCCGGCCAGUCGCGUCUGCGGACAGAGCUGACCCAGAGAACAUGGCCACUGCAAUCAGGGAUGUGGGAGUUUGGAGACAGACUAGAACACUUCUACUGAAAAAUUACCUAAUUAAAUGCAGGACUAAAAAAAGUAGUGUUCAGGAAAUUCUUUUUCCUCUAUUUUUUUUAUUCUGGCUAAUAUUAAUUAGCAUGAUGCAUCCAAAUAAGAAAUAUGAAGAAGUAUCUGAUAUAGAACUUAACCCCAUGGACAAAUCUAGCCUUUCUAACCUUAUUCUCGGAUAUACUCCUGUGACUAAUAUUACAAGCAGCAUCAUGCAGAGCGUAUCUACUGAUCAUCUCCCUGAUGUUAUAAUUACUGAAGAAUAUGCAAAUGAGAAAGAAAUGCUAGCAUCCAGUCUUUCUAAGUCAAGCAACUUUGUAGGUGUGGUUUUCAAAGACAUCAUGUCCUAUGAACUUCGUUUUUUUCCUGAUAUGAUUCCAGUGUCUUCUAUUUAUAUGGAUUCAAGAGCUGGUUGUUCAAAGUCGUGUGAUGCUGCUCAGUACUGGUCCUCAGGGUUUACAGUUUUACAGGCCUCAAUAGAUGCUGCCAUUAUACAGCUGAAGACCAAUGUUUCUCUGUGGAAGGAGCUGGAGUCAACUAAAGCUGUUAUCAUGGGAGAAACUGCUGUUGUAGAAAUAGACACUUUUCCCCGAGGAGUCAUUUUAAUAUAUCUAGUCAUAGCAUUUUCACCUUUUGGGUACUUUUUGGCAAUUCACAUUGUAGCAGAAAAAGAAAAAAAGUUAAAGGAAUUUUUAAAGAUAAUGGGACUUCAUGACACUGCUUUUUGGCUUUCCUGGGUUCUUCUGUAUACAAGUUUGAUUUUCCUUAUGUCACUUCUAAUGGCAGUCAUUGCAACAGCUUCGUCCUUAUUCCCUCAGAGUAGCAGCGUUGUGAUUUUUCUACUCUUCUUCUUAUAUGGAUUAUCAUCUGUGUUUUUUGCUUUAAUGCUGACACCUCUUUUUAAAAAAUCAAAACACGUGGGAGUAGUUGAGUUUUUUGUCACUGUGGCACUUGGAUUUGUUGGCCUUUUGAUAGUCCUCAUGGAAAGUUUCCCCAAGUCGCUAGUGUGGCUCUUCAGCCCUUUCUGUCAGUGUGCCUUUCUGAUUGGUAUUGCCCAGGUCAUGCAUUUAGAAGAUUUUAAUCAAGGGGCCUUGUUCUCUAAUCUGACUGAAGGCCCCUGCCCUCUAAUCAUCACUCUUGCCAUGCUGGCUCUUGAUAGUGUAGUCUAUGUCCUCCUGGCUGUUUACCUUGAUCAAGUCAUUCCAGGAGAAUUUGGCUUAAGGAGAUCAUCUUUAUACUUUCUAAAACCAUCGUAUUGGUCAAAAACCAAAAGAAAUUAUAAGGAGCUAUCAGAGGGCAACGUUAAUGGGAAUAUUAGUCUUAGUGAAAUUGUUGAGCCUGUUUCUUCAGAAUUUAUAGGAAAAGAAGCUAUAAGAAUAAGUGGUAUUCAGAAGGCCUAUAGAAAAAAAAAUGAAAAUGUGGAGGCUUUGAGAAAUUUGUCAUUUGACAUAUAUGAAGGUCAAAUUACUGCAUUACUGGGCCACAGUGGAACAGGAAAAAGUACACUGAUGAAUAUUCUUUGUGGGUUGUGCCCACCUUCUGAUGGCUUUGCUUCUAUAUAUGGACACAGAGUCUCUGAAAUAGAUGAAAUGUUUGAAGCAAGAAAAAUGAUUGGCAUUUGUCCACAGUUAGAUAUAAACUUUGAUGUUUUGACAGUAGAAGAAAAUUUAUCAAUUUUGGCUUCAAUCAAAGGAAUCCCAGCCAACAAUAUAAUACAAGAAGUGCAAAAGGUUUUACUGGAUUUGGACAUGCAAGCCAUCAAAGAUAAUCAAGCAAAAAAAUUAAGUGGGGGCCAAAAAAGAAAGCUGUCUUUAGGAAUUGCAGUUCUUGGGAAUCCGAAGAUACUACUGCUAGAUGAACCAACAGCAGGAAUGGACCCCUGCUCUCGUCACAUUGUUUGGAAUCUUUUAAAAUACAGAAAAGCUAACAGAGUGACAGUAUUCAGUACUCAUUUUAUGGACGAAGCUGACAUUCUUGCUGAUAGGAAAGCUGUCAUAUCACAAGGAAUGCUGAAAUGUGUUGGUUCUUCAAUUUUCCUAAAGAGUAAAUGGGGAAUCGGCUACCGCCUGAGCAUGUACAUUGACAGAUACUGUGCCACAGAGUCACUUUCUUCACUGGUUAGGCAGCACAUACCUGCAGCUACUUUACUGCAACAGAAUGACCAACAGCUUGUGUAUAGCUUGCCUUUCAAAGACAUGGACAAAUUUUCAGGUUUGUUUUCUGCUCUAGACAUUCAUUCAAAUCUGGGUGUUAUUUCUUAUGGUGUUUCCAUGACAACAUUGGAAGAUGUAUUCUUAAAGCUAGAAGUUGAAGCAGAAAUUGACCAAGCAGAUUAUAGCAUAUUUACACAGCAGCCACUGGAGGAAGAAAUGGACUCAAAAUCUUUUGAUGAAAUGGAACAGAGUUUACUUAUUCUUUCUGAAACAAAAGCUUCUCUAGUGAGCACCAUGAGCCUUUGGAAACAGCAAGUGUCUACAAUAGCAAAGUUUCAUUUCCUCACAUUGAAACGAGAAAGCAAAUCAGUGCGCUCAGUGUUCCUUCUGCUUUUAAUUUUUUUUGCAGUUCAGAUUUUUAUGUUUUUGGUACAUCAUUCUUUUAAGAAUGCUGUGGUUCCCAUCAAACUUGUUCCAGAUUUGUAUUUCCUAAAACCUGGAGAUAAGCCUCAUAAAUAUAAAACAAGCCUGCUGCUUCAAAAUUCUACUGACUCAGAUAUCAAUGAUCUUAUUAACUUUUUCACACACCAGAACAUAAUGGUGACAAUGUUUAAUGACAGUGAUUAUGUAUCUGCUGCUCCCCAUAGUGCAGCUUUAAAUGUGGUGCAUUCAGAAAAGGACUAUGUUUUUACUGCUGUUUUCAACAGUACUAUGGUUUAUUCUUUACCAGUAAUGAUGAACAUCAUUAGUAACUACUAUCUAUAUCAUUUAAAUGUGACUGAAGCUAUCCAGAUCUGGAGUACCCCAUUCAUUCAAGAAAUUACUGACAUAGUUUUUAAAGUUGAGCUGUAUUUUCAAGCAGCUUUGCUUGGAAUCAUUGUUACUGCAAUGCCACCUUACUUUGCCAUGGAAAAUGCAGAGAAUCAUAAGAUCAAAGCUUAUACUCAACUUAAGCUUUCAGGUCUUUUGCCAUCAGCCUAUUGGGUUGGACAAGCUGUUGUGGACUUUCCCUUAUUUUUUGUUGUUCUGACUUUGAUGCUGGGAAGUUUGUUUGCAUUUCAUCAUGGACUAUAUUUUUAUCCUGUAAAAUUUAUUGCUGUGGUUUUUUGCCUUAUUGGUUAUGUACCAUCAGUUAUUUUAUUCACUUAUGUUGCUUCUUUCACCUUUAAGAAAAUUUUAAAUACCAAGGAAUUUUGGUCAUUUAUCUAUUCUGUGACAGCAUUGGCUUGUGUUGCAGUCACUGAAAUAACUUUCUUUUUGGGAUAUGCAGUAUCCACUGUUUUUCAUUACACCUUUUGCAUAGCCAUUCCAAUCUACCCACUCCUGGGUUGCCUGAUUUCUUUCAUAAAGGGUUCUUGGAAGAAUAUACCAAAAAAUGAGGAUGCCUAUAAUCCAUGGGAUAAGCUUUUAGUUGCUGUUAUAAUGCCCUACCUGCAUUGUGUACUGUGGAUUUUCCUCUUACAACACUAUGAGAAAAAACAUGGAGGCAGAUCAAUAAGAAAGGAUCCCUUUUUCAGGACACUCUCACAGAAGUCCAAAAAUAAGAAGUUUCCAGAACCACCAAUCAAUGAGGAUGAAGAUGAAGAUGUCAAAGCUGAAAGACUGAAGGUUAAAGAGCUGAUGAGCUGCCAGUGUUGUGAAGAGAAGCCAGCCAUUAUGGUAUGCAAUUUACAUAAAGAAUAUGAUGACAAGAAAGAUUUUCUUCAUUCAAGAAAAACAAAGAAAGUAGCAACAAAAUACAUUUCAUUUUGUGUGCGGAAAGGAGAGAUCUUGGGACUGUUGGGUCCAAAUGGUGCUGGCAAAAGCACCAUUAUUAAUAUUCUGGUUGGGGAUAUUGAACCUACUUCAGGCCAGAUACUUCUAGGUGAUUAUAUUUCACAUUCAAAUGAAGAUGAUGAAUCCAUUAAGUGUAUGGGUUACUGCCCUCAGACAAACCCACUGUGGCCAGAUAUUACUCUGAAAGAACAUUUUGAGAUUUAUGGAGCUGUGAAAGGAAUGAGUGCAAGUGACAUGAAAGAAGUAAUAAGUCGAAUAACAAAUGCCCUUGAUUUGAAAGAACAUCUUCAGAAAACUAUAAAGAAACUACCUGCAGGGAUCAAGAGAAAGCUGUGUUUUGCUCUCAGUAUGCUGGGGAACCCACAGGUUACUCUACUGGAUGAACCAUCCACAGGUAUGGACCCCAGAGCCAAACAGCACAUGUGGAGAGCUAUUCGAACUGCAUUUAAAAACAAAAAGCGGGCUGCUCUUCUGACAACUCAUUACAUGGAAGAGGCAGAGGCUGUCUGUGACAGAGUGGCAAUUAUGGUGUCCGGGCAGUUAAGAUGUAUUGGAACAGUACAGCAUCUAAAGAGUAAAUUUGGCAAAGGCUACUUUUUGGAAAUUAAAUUAAAGGAUUGGAUAGAAAACCUGGAAAUAGAUCGCCUUCAAAGAGAAAUUCAAUAUAUUUUCCCAAAUGCAAGCCGCCAAGAGAGCUUUUCUUCUAUUUUGGCUUAUAAAAUCCCUAAAGAAGACGUUCAGUCCCUCUCACAAUCCUUUGCUAAGUUGGAAGAAGCAAAACACACUUUUGCCAUUGAAGAAUAUAGCUUUUCUCAAGCAACACUGGAACAGGUUUUUGUAGAACUGACCAAAGAACAGGAGGAAGAAGACAACAGCUGUGGGACUUUAAACAGCACACUCUGGUGGGAGAGAACGCAGGAAGACAGAGUAGUGUUUUGAAUGUUUGUGGCUCAUUCUGCUUACUGACACUGAAUUUAUUUAUUCUUUUUUUUAAAAAAACUGAUUUUAAAAGUUUCUUACUUGAGUAGUAAUUGAAGAAACAUGAAAGCACUUGGAAGUUUCCUAAACUCCUUAAUUUAUAUGCUAUGGUUGUGUGUUUGGCUUUCCCUUAAAUAAAUUUGUGUAUAAUUGUCAACCUGCAUGUUUAAUCUGAAGUAUAUUGAAUGUAGUCUAUAUGCCAUCAUUUCCACUUUUCACAAAAACAAUAUUUCUAAACUUAUGGCUUAAAGAAAUUAUAAAAGAAUAAUUCUGAAUAAUAUAUAAGUUUAUACUAUCUUACAUCAUUAUAUAAUUCUCCAGUGCUAAUUAAAAAGGCCAAUAUAUGAAUAAUCCAUAGAAAAGAGAAAUAAGGCAAUGAGGAAACUUUUGGCUUUUCCUUUAGAAUUUGUAAAAGAAACUUUUAGAAGAAGUUGCUAUCUGUAAAAGUUCAGAGGUUGAGGAGUACAUCCACUAGGUGGCAGUCAUUAAUCAGUAAAUAAUGUGAAGCCUUCUAGUAAGUGAUUUUCAAUAUGGGUAAUUAGAUGUUUCAAGUUACAUUUCUUUUGCCUACAUUAAAAUUCAAAUGUGUUUUAGUGAUUGUAAUUCACAAAAAGAUUGUUGCUAGAAUCUUAGUAUGUUAUAGUCUGAUUCUCUGAAACUACAAUGACAGAUGUUUGUGGAGGUAUAAUUAGUCUAUAUCUUCUCUCAAACUCUCUAUGAAGAUUAAAAACAAAAAGCUUUUUUCCUUCCUCAAAAAGGGCACACUUAAUUUUAUUCUUAGAUAAGAAACUUAUUAGUUAAUAUUUCUAUUGCUAAAAUUUAUUACUUGAUUCUUUCUUGAGUUUUAAGAAGAUCAACAUAUAUAUUUCUUUAAAGGUCCACCUUGUAAUCACCUUGGAACAUGGUAGAAUAUAGUAAUUCCUUCAGGGGUUAAAUUAAGAACUAAAAAUCAGAGUUUCACUCUUAUGACAGAGUUGAAAUAUUAUACGAUAAUAUAAUCUUAGAAAUAUAUGACUCAUGGGCAGGUAUACUAAUAUAAAUGAUGGUAGUUGAUACUAUAUUUCAAUCUGUUAUAUAAAGUAUUAGCUUUGCAAAAACAAA